CAUUGCGGGUACUUUACGUCACAUUUUGCGACAUCUUCGAACACUUUCCGACGUCAGUUAGCAUAGUUCUCUUUCCGUUCUUUACUAAAUCCAUGCGAGUGAGCUAAAAUGUUUAACAAAAAGCCCCGGAGGAACUUUCGGCAGAGAAAAGAAACGUCGAGUGACGAGGAGGAAAAGCAAAGGGACAGUGGAGAUGGAGAAGACAACGAGAAAGCAAAAGCUGGAGUAAACAAGCCGUCCAAACUUUCGCAGGGCCGCGGCAUCUCUUGCAGCUCCAAGCGGGAACCGACGUCUCCCAAGCCGGACAGUAGUGACGGAGAAGACUCGGAGACUUUGGAUUUGACAGAAGAAAUUGAAGUCGGAGAUAAAGAUAAAAAUGGCGUUAAGAAGAAAAAAGACAAUGUGCUCAGUUUCUCUGAUGACAAAGAAGCUGAGGAGCUGACAUUUAAAGUGAAGAAGUCUGCUGAUAAAGCUGUGCUGUUCCAAGUAAGGAAGAAGGAGGCUUCACCUGUGAAAACCACCCGCAGGACAGCCCCAGCAGCCAGACGUGUCCCACCAUCUGCUUCUCCCAGGUCAGACUCUGAAAUAGAUUCUGUGGCUUCUCCAGUUUCCCUGCCGCUUGAUGAUGAUGAGGAGGAGGAGGAUAAUGAUGAUGAUGAAGAUGAUGAAAGUGUUGAUUAUGAUAACAACAAGUAUGAACUAGGUGCCACGUCUCCAUCAGCAAGCUCAGCUUCAGACUCCAGCCGCUCUGCUACUAAACCAGUAGUGGUCCAUAGUGCUAAAGAGAUCCGGGCUGCGAGGAGGCAACGCCAUGCUAAACGAACUCAGAAAGAGUUCAUUUCUCUGAGUCGAGACGGCCACAGCUCUGCUGGUAGCACGCCAGAUCGCUACAGCAGAGAAGACGAAGAUGACAGAGUCGGCGAUGAUGAUGAUGAUGAGCCAGAUGAUCAUGAGAGAAGAAUCCAGUUUGCCCCACGGUUGAAGAGCAUCAGGGAAAGGAUUGCUGAAAAACUUGGAGCAAGUGAUGGCAGUCUCUCAGGAACUGAUGGCGAGGAACAGGAACUCUGGGAGGAGACGCAAAUUGGGAAGGGAGUCAGGAGACAUCCAGGGGAACAGAGUCCUUCUGGCAGUGAGUCAAGCAGCUACAGCAAUGCUAGUAGCAGCAGGCGAGGCAGACGAAACCAAAAGAAGAGGCCAUUAGGGGUCCCAAAGACUCUCCCUGCAGUCAGUGUCUCAAUGGUCAAGAAGAGGAUCAAUGGAAAACUAGAGUCCCUGAAGGAGGUGUACAGAGCUCGGCAGGCAGAGCUGAGGAGGAUGGAGGGUGAUGUUGACAGCGCUAAAACCUCUGUGGAAUCUCUGGAGGAGAGUCCUUCUGAGAGCAAGCUGAAGUUUUACAGAACCAUGAACCUCUAUGUCCACAACCUGGUGGAGUGUUUACGAGAGAAGGUUGUUGAAAUCAACUCAUUAGAACUGGAGCUGCACACUCUGCUGUCCGAUCAAAUGGAAGCACUGACAGCACAGAGACAGCAGAGGGUCAAGGAGCAGGCUGACCGUCUGCAGCAGCUCAGCUACAACAAGGAUGAUCAAAGUGAAGGCUCAGCUAAUGGAACACAAACACAGAGGACGGAGGACUCUAAAACUAAAGCUGAGGAUCAUUUAAAUAUACCUGACGACACACAGCCUUCAGAAGAAGACGAGCAGCAGCUACAGAAGAAGAAAGCUGAAAUCAUGUUGAAGUCUCAGGGGGUGUUUUCUGACGUCCAAGAUGAGUUUUCUAAUGUCAAGAAGAUUCUUUCCCGCUUCGAAGAAUGGAGAGGAUGUUACUCUGAGUCUUAUCACAACGCAUACAUCUCCCUCUGUCUGCCCAAGCUGUUGAACCCAAUCAUAAGACAUCAGCUGCUGCUGUGGAACCCGCUAAAGGAUGACAGUGGGGACUUUGAAAACCUCCCAUGGUUCUCAGCAGUGGAGACCUUUUGUCACGGUCAUGGCCACGAGGAGCUGGAGCAUGAAGACAGACAAACUCUGUCCAAUGUCGUAGAGAAGACUGUCCUACCCAAAAUAACAGCCUAUGCAGAGCUGUUGUGGGACCCCAUGUCCUACCAUCAGUCAGUCUGUCUGUCUGAUGUUUGCCACAGACUGAAGGAGGAUUAUUCCAUCUUUGAAGGAGAGCAAACCAAACCUGUCAGGGCAUUCCUAGAGGCUGUGAUGCGUCGAUUGAGGAGCUGUGUAGAUGAAGAAGUCUUCAUACCUCUCUACCCCAAAAACCUCCUAGAAGACAGCUCAUCUCCUCAGCGUCACUUCAGGGAUCAACAGUUCGGGACGGCCAUAAAACUGCUAGGUAACAUGGGAAAAUUUGAUUUGCUGCUUCCUGAGUCGGUGCUGAAGGAACUGAUGUUGGACAAACUCCUGAACCGCUACCUGAUGAUCACCCUGAGCAGUCAGACAUUGUACAGCAAUUCUGUUCAUGCAUGCAGGAUGAUUGCAGACCGUCUGCCGACCUCUUGGCUCAAGGGGCAGGACGUUUGUUUACCUCAGCUCCAGAAUUUUAAAAACAGCUUAGCUCAGAAUGUUCAUACUCUCUGUAAACAGCAUCCUCCUGAAGACCCAAACACGAGGUCUUCUGUGCUGGAAGUGCUGCAGGUUUUGAGUAAAAUCCGAUGCAACGACUCCAUCAUGGCUUUAGCAGAGAAAUAUCACUAUGAAGAUCUGAUCUACUCUCACCAGCUGCUCAACCAAGAUGCUGUAUGAGCAGGAGACAUUGAAGAGUGGAAACUGAUAAUGCAGCAAACACAUUGCACUGUAUCAAUAAAAAAACAACAGUGUACUGCAUUGUACAGAGAGGACUGUUUUUCAGUCCUAAACAAUUUGCUGUUUGUUUUGUACAAGAGUGUAUUUUUAUGAAUAAAUAUUUGAUUUUUGUUAAUAUUA